GAUAAAUUUGUUGAUGCGUGUAAAUUAAUAAGAAAUGGCCGAAGAAAUAGACGAUAAUGACUUUUAUCGUGAGAACUUUAGCGCCGAUUCGGAUUGGGAAGUUUUCAAUGCGCAGUUGGCCGAGAUUUUACAGAAAUGGGAAGUAGCCGUAGACAAAGGCCGUCCACUGCAGCCCGAGGAGCUCUAUCAAUGCAAGUGGCAGGUGAAAACUGAAACGCUGGAUCUGCUGCGCAAUAGCAUUGCCAUAGACCACUAUGAAGCGAGACUGACCGGCAAGCUGGGCGAGGCACUAGACAGUUCUGCUGAGAAAACGCACUGUCAUCACGAUUUAAUGUGCAGCCUAAACAGUUUUGGGCCACCAAUAAGAAACGGCAGUGAGCUGCAUACACUGGCGAGGAUUUAUGGGCUCCGCCGCUUUGUGGUAUUGCAUCCGGUGAAUGCUGCAAACUACAUGAAGUCAACAUCAGAGUUUAACUUCUUUCUGAGCUCAGCUGCAGUGGUAGCUGCGGAAGUGAGCAGUGUUGUGCCCAUAUUUGUGCAGCUAUACGAUCCCAAAUGGAACUUUUACACAGGCGUUAGCCUAGCUCCCACGCUGCGUACCAACUUCCGGCUCAUUGGCUUGGAGCAAGCGCCAGAAGAUUGCCAGUACUUGAUGGGCUUGCUGACGCUCUUUCACGACAAAGUGCCAGCUGCGUAUACGCAAGCAGCGAGGGUAUCAGUGCGCACCACCUAUGCGUUGAACACGGUGCGCAUACGCAUGCCGUUGUACGUGCCCUUCGAUCAUGGACUCAGCUCGGAGGAUAUUGUUGUGGACGGCGACGUAGAGCGCCUUGAUGUGCAAAGCUUCUAUGCGCUGCCGCAUGGCUAUACACCGGAAUCUCGCACGGAGUGCUACUUGGCUUACACCUGGCCAGAGCUGUCCGAGCACGUUGCCUUCGACAGUGCACAGCGCACGGAGUUUGUGCCCUCCAAGGCACCCCUCGGUCAGAUCUAUCUGUCUGUGGAGGCGUCUUCAUACCUAAGCUGCUGCCUGCGGGAUUAUUUGACAGUCGCCAAUAUCAAUCGCAGCCUAGAAUCUUACGUAGGCCGCAACUUCUCCGGCACCAGCAGUGGAGCUGAGCAGACUAACCCAUUUGACAAGAUCACCGAGCAUAAGCUGACGACAAGCAAGCGUGAUCGCAAUUACGAAGCGCCAACUAAAGCUAAUAUAACUAGUCGACUACCCGGCCCCAUGACUGUGAGUGAACUGAAGGAGCUGCUCGCGUAUUUGUUUCCGGAAAUGUAUCCCGAAAUGGCGCUCUAUCCCUAUGCCAAACAGGCCACAAAGGAUAAGUUCGAUCCGAUGCGCAUCAAAAGCGCCGCUCCGGAUUCCAUAGUGAGCCGCCUCAGUUGCCUGCUGGCCACUUGUCACGCCCACUUGGGCAAUUUGGAGGGCAUGGCCCAACUCUGGGCAGCAUUCACACGUCAAUUGCGCUUUCUAUGGGAUAAUUCACUCACCGUACCCGGCGUUGCUCCAGGCUAUCCAGACACACGCACCUGCCUGUUGCAUCAGAAGCUGCAGCUGCUGAACGUUUGUGUUGAGCGUCGACUGCAGCAUGAGCUGAUUGGCAAGCGCAAAAAGCAGCAGAUACAGCAGCAGCAAAGUGCCAGCGACGAGACUGAAGAUGAGGAUGAGAGCGAGUUCUUCGACUGCGAUGAGCCAGCAUCGAGAUCGACAAGCAGCUCACCACUCAAAGCGGUGCUCAGCAUCAAGCCAGAGGGCCGCCUCAAGCGCUUGGCCAACGAACGUUUGCUGGACGAGCCCGAUGAAUAUCUCUACAUACCAGAGACACAGGAGCCUGUGCCCAAGACCGAAGACCAGCUGCAAGACGAUGCUGAAGUGAUGCUCAAGCUGGGCCCUGGCUCGGGUUUAAGCACUCAAAUGAUGUGCAACUCGCUGAUGUCCGAUAUGGAGGCAUUCAAGGCGGCCAAUCCGCGUGCCAAGAUCGACGAUUUCAUACGCUGGUACAGCCCCAAGGACUGGAUCGAAGUGCACGAUGAAACCGGUCAGACGAGGCAUCAACUGAGCGUGCGCAUGACCACCGAGGGAAACACCUGGCAGAAGGUUUGGCAACAGGCGCAGCCAGUGCCUGUCUCGAGACAGCGUCGACUCUUUGACGACACCAACGAGGCGCUGAAGCUGCUGCACUAUCUGGAGACACGCAACAUGAGCGAGAUCUACGCGCUCACCAUCGUUCCCAUUCUGCACACGGCCGUACUUAAGUUGAUUGACUUGCAGAGCAACGCGCGCGUCACUGAUUUGUUUAGCACGCACAUCGAACAGCUGCUGAGUGACUUGUGUCGCCUCUCGCGUGCGCCCGCCGAUGAGCAGCUCAAUGUGCAGCCGCUGCUGGACGACAUUGCUGAGCUGGAGCGUCGCUUCUACCAAUACAAGUGCUUUGAGCGACUCGCUGGCUAUCCCAAGCGCAGCUCUCAGGCUCAGGUGAAGCAGCAGUUCGAGGAAAUACUCAAGCAUGAGAAUUGCUGCACCAUUGUGAACAAGAAACAAGCAGCGGCAGGCGACAGCAGCUUAUGCGACAUACUCAGUCCCAAGCUGGAGCAGGACAUUUCCAAUUGCCUGAUCAGCAAGGACUACAUCAUACGCCUGGACGCUGAUGCGCAGGCCAAGGAAAAGGGUCAAAACUAUGGCCCACAAUUUAUGCGCGCCAUUGUGACUGGUGAUAAGCUGAGACUCUGUGGAGCUUUCACCGAGAGCACAACAUUUGUUUGAGAUCAUUGUGUAUCGAUAGAUGAGCAGAUCAACUCGGUUGUAUCUUGGCUGGCACUGUUGACAGUAAGCGCGCGCGAAGGAAGAGAACAACGGCUGGAGGAAGGGACCAGAAGGUGGCGCAUUUAUUAACAUUGCUUGGGCGUGUCAGCUGCUGCCAAAAGGUGUUAAGUGGCAGCGACAACAACAGCAACAAGGAGCCAACGGCACAACGAACAAAUGAUGAUGAGGCAAAAGCUUCGCUACAUAUAGUAUAAGCCCUGAAUAUGAGCGUCUGUGAAAAUCAGCGUAAAUUUCAGCCACAGCAGCAUAAAUUACAACAACCCAGAAAAAUUAAAUAAUACAAAAUGUAUAUGUAUAUAUGUAUGUGUGUGUGUGUGUGAGAGACUUUGUAUCAGAAUUUUAUUUAUGAAUUUAUCUGCACGCAUGUCAUAUUCCUUAAGGAAAGCAACACGCGAAAGCAUUUUUAAUGGCUAAUUAAAUUGGCCGAGGCCAAUGUAUGGCAACCAACUAACAUUUGCAAUAUACUAUUAACAGAAAACGUUGCAUUGAAGCUUGUUGUAAACAUUAUAAUAACGUUAUUUAA